AUAAAGCGUUUUGAGUUGGAUGCCAGUUUAAUCUACCCCUACACUCAGUCCAGUUAUUAUUUAAAUACGGUUCAUUCGGAAAACUGAAAAAAGUGGAAAAUUUAUUCAAGUGCUGGUAGCCCCAACGAGUUAUAAUCCAACUAUUUACAAAGGACACGCAACUACCUGACGUAGGUAACAUGAUUCGCAAUAGGUUAGCACUGAAAAAUAUGUUUGGAAUUGUCGUAUUUACAGUUUUAAUUCAUUGAAGAUUGCUUAUUAUUGACCAAAAUACACAUUCGAAUGAAUAAUUUUUGAACAAAGUUACUGAGUCGUAACAAAAUAAGCUACUGAACAGGAGAGACUAGAAGAAAGGUUAUGUUUGGUUCUUUACGUUCACUAUAGCUUUUAUAGCCAAUUAUGCAACAAUUCACAAUGACUGACACUUUAAAGACACCUCUUAUAAGGAUAAAUUCUUAGAAUAUGGGUUGGACUUGGGUUUCACAGAUUUAUCAGUAAGCGGUGAAAACUUGUUUACCACCAAGGGCUCGGUGGUAAACAAAUUAAACCCGAUACGCAAAUAGAGACAGAAAAACUGAUACUCUGUUUCGCUCGCACUUAAGUAUUUCACGUUAAUGCCUUCUCUUUUUAGUUAUUAUUGUUAUUUUAGAAGCUCAUCUAGUUCUAUACUCUAUCUACGGAAAAAUGGAAGUUAUUUGUGGUUCUAUGCAAUCUGUAGUUCAUCAGAUUUGACAUUUUAGUUGUCACAGACACAAUGAAAUUCUCAUUUCUCGUUCCCGUACUCCGUAGUCGUUUUUCUUGUUUAGUAGUGAGUGUUUGUGUGGUUCUUAAAUAUUAUUUUUGUUUUCUGAUUUUAGGAAACUGCUCAAUUUUAAUAUAUCGUUAAUAAAGCACAAAAUAUUAAAUAAUCUAUUGUUUUUUAAAUAAAUAUUGGUAUUUUUAUAAAACAACAACAAUUAAAAUAAACUUACAUUUCAAAAUGCAAGAGACCGUUAGGAACUCAAAUGAGAGAAAAUCUAUGUUUUGCUCAUUUCUCGAAAUCCUUGAAGCUCAAGAAAAACAAGCUGAUACUGAGCGACAAAUACAAGAGGAGAAAUAUCAAAGAAGAACCCAAGUAAUUUAUGAUUUUCAUGAUCGUCAGCAGCGUAAGGCAGCAGAGUUGCAGAGGUGCCUAGAGUUUGUGUCGCAGCAUGCACAGGUGCUGGAGUCAGUAUUGCGUAGUGGAGGGGAUGACGGGGUACCAUUGUCAGCUGCCCUAGUAAGACAGGCUGCGGCAUUGCAGCGCUGCAUGACACAAUGUGUUGCUAACGCUUCGCGAAUACGACACUUGCUCGCCGCCGCGCACCGUCCUCAAAUGGACACCAUGCUUGCCAAGAUGGAGACCGAGUUGAGUGCGUGGACAGCAUUCCUCCAACGCGCCGUCGACGCCACCUACAGCUCUGAAGUCACCAUAGACAACCUCCACAAUUUGAUCGCGGAGCAGCGGCGCUGCGUGCGCGAGGUGUCUUCGAGCACGGUCUUCUCUUCCCUCUGCCGCGGGACGGAGGGGGCCGCGGAGGGGUCGGCGGGUGCGGAGGGAGAGGGCACCCCCCGCACGCCCUUCGCGGCCAGGCGUCCCUCGGCCAUGUGCAGCACUCCCAUCGCCCGCGACUAGCCCCGAGGCCUGCGCGCACUCUGCUGUCGCGCCCGCCCCGUCUGAUGUCCUCGCUUCACUCUCACACAAUUCUCUGCUUUUACUGAACUAGCCCGCGGUGCAUUCCAUUCGAAUCUACGAAUGAACGAUGAAAUGAUGAUAUGGGUUGUAGAUAUUUGAUUGAAUCCAUUCUUAAAGACAAUUACUGCACAAAAAUCGACUUACGAAAACAAAAUUAAAUUUGCCAAGAUUUCGUAGUUCAAUGUUUCAAUAAUUUUUUGUCUCUAGUUUCAAAAAUGUAGACAUCUCUGUCGUGUGUGUUAAUUCCGUUUAACUGGUGACGAUAUUUGACAUACAAUUCGGUGAAAGUCGAUCUUUUUGCAUUUAUGUUCAUAUUGAAUGUUAGUCCUGUGGAUGUUUGAGCUAUCGAUGACCAUUGCUUGGCCUUAUCGCCGAAGCUAAAUGUUGAUAAAUUAGAUGUAAGCGCGUUUAUAUACCUUUGUAAUGAAAUUGUAUGUCGGCUCGUUGGAUUCUGUGAACUUCUCGUGCUGACACAUGUGCUCUAUGAAAGAUAUACAAAAGGCGGAAUGAAAUUAUUAUAUUAUUUGUUGACUCGUCUUUAAAUUAGUAAUCUUUGUCGUAAAGUGUGUUUUUAAACUUAAACGUAGGUUAAGCAGUGUUUGACGAGUGUUUCGAACGAUUUGUACUUUUGCUAAGUCCACUAUAAAUAUGACUGUUCGUUGUGUACUUUUAUAAAUAAACGUUCGUAUAAUGUUUAGACAUGUAUCUACCUCGUUGCGGAACCUGUACUGCCAAGUUUUUGCUGAUUGUAAUAGAUUUUAGUAAAUAAAUAUUGUACGGAACGGUUUUCGGAGAAAGUUUAGAAGUCUCUUGACCGAGUUGGCCAAAGGCUAAGUUGAAAUCUUUUCCAGAUUACUGUUUUGAUAUAAAUAUUGGCGGUGUUUUCAUCGCCUCGUGUUCGUGGCUUUUUCUCAAAUAUUACUAUUAUAGAAAAAUUUAAUUAAGGUUCUCGUUGUAGAGUUAUUGCUUUAACAUUGUUAGUAACGGGUGUCUCGGUAAGAGUGCACAUUUUAAAAUAAAAACAAGUAUUUUAUGACAGAGUUGUGAUAUUUUAAGUAUGGAAUAAAAUAUCCGGCAAAUGACCCCCACGGCUCCGAUGACAGGCCAUUACUCUUUUCAUGAAAUUUUCCAUGACAUGGUGAAGGUCUUUAGUCAAAUUCGCCGCGUAGUGCUUCGUGAAAUUUGAAGUUGUUGAGAACGAUGUCGACGUUCAAGAGACCGACCGGUACGUGGACGUAAAGGAUUCUUAUCGUCCAUUUUUGACCCAGUUUCUCGGCUGAAAAUUUGGCGAAGGCGAGUUUUCACAAUUAUAACGCGUUGUUCUUUCGAAAAGCGCUCCAUUUUUGUUAAUUGGAAUAAACAGAGGUGUCAGCUGUCAAAUUUCAGAGUUGUCACUUGCAUGAAAAAAAAAUUCCAAUUUUAAAAAGUGCACUCUUACUGAGACACCCUAUAUUUCCAGCGACUCACCGCCGUGAGGGGUCGCCGUUGGCAAUUUUGAAUACGACCAAUACAGACAACACUCAUAAUUGUCUUAGCAAUUUUAGAAAACUUAUUAUAUUAUAAACUUAAUAUGAUGUUUCUUUUCUUUGUAUUUCUUUUUUUAAUUGAGCGCUGUAAAUAAUAACAUUUUGUCAAUAGUCAUAAAUGAAUUGCUUUUGUGAUUGUAGUGGUGAAUACAGCAUUUGUUUCUGAACGACUUGUCUUAAGUAAUGUCUACUAAAUAUAAACAAAAGAAACACGUCAUGAGGAGGGACGCCCGAAAUAGACGAAGUCGCGAGACAGCUCGUCGCCGGCGCAUCUCGCUGACAUUCCACGCAGACGGCGUCUUUUGACUAAAUAAAACCACUUUAUUUGAA